AUCUCCAAGUCAUUCACGCUACAUUUGCACAACACGACACCAAAUAGAGUCAGUAAACAUAACAAUAGAAAUGGAUUCACGAUUCCUCACAUUCAUCACAAUGCCAGAUGCCUCUCUUUACCUUUCAAUCACGAUCCUCCAGCUCUCGUGUUCUCCUCCACGCUUGUCUUCUACCAACAGUGCUCCAACCAGUUCUUUGCAUCUCUCGUCUGUACAUGCACCUGCUUGAUUUUGAAUAUUUCUCAAGCACGAAAUCGAACAGGGUAUUUAUUGCAAGCCUGGUCAAGUGAAGAUACAUGUAUCUGCAAGUGUCUAUGUCAGUGAAAGAACAAAACAAUGCAAUCAUAGCAUCUACUGACUAAUCUCCACAGAAUAAACAUAGGUUGAUGAUGACCAAAUGGAAGUUGGCAGAGGCAAAAGAGCCAUCCAAAUCUGCCCAGUCGCAGGAGGAGACCACGAUGAGCUCCUCUGAUGAUCUAGCAAGGGGACUAAAAGCAUCGAUGAACGGCCAUGGUCAAGUCACGUCAAGCCCAAGUCGCUUGACCAGCGCUCCGCCCCGUCCGAGUCCUAAAAGCAAGCAUAUCUCGGCCCCGAGGGAUUGCAAGCCAGCCAGCGUGCCGAAUUCAUAUUUGAACUCAACAGAGACCCAGCUUCUCUCAUCUCCUCAAUACGGAGGGGCUCUGAUAAAGAACGAAUUCGACAAAUCACCUGUAUCGGCAACUGUUACACCAAGGACUCGGACAAAUACAGGCUUUCAAAAUGCAGUCUUUCAAUCAAAUGUAUCUCAACACAUCCCGUCUUUGCAUGUAGCCAAGAAUGAGAAUUAUCCAGAAAGAAACCCUUCUCACGGGAGCGCAGCUACGUCAUCCACUCCUCAUUUUUCUGGCUCGGCGGUGCAGCUUGGCCAAAAUGCAAGCGCACCACGCGUACCUCAGAAUAACGCAGUGAAGCAAACACCUUCUUUCCUUACCUCACGAGCCAACCUUGACAACAAUACAGCGCACCAGACGGAUGUAAGCGAGACGAAUCAGCUGAGGUCGAAUGUGCCAGGCGUUGGAUCUGCACAUUCUGCUUGGUCGCCUCGAAUACCUGCAGGAUACGGGAAUCCGCUGAGUAUUCUGCAACUGGAUCUUCUAAACUUGAGCGUUCGCCAGGAUCAGCCCAAGCCAAGCCCUACCAUCGAAGAUGUCAGAUUCAUGCUCUUGCAAGAUGCGUGCCAAGCUGGAGACUGGUUCUUUAUCCAUUUUCAUCGGCUCUGUAUUAAGAAACCACAACUUGGGCAAAGGAGAAGUCGGCUAGUGGACGCGUUUGGGCGCGAGUUUGACAACCCUUUUGAGAUGUUGGACAGUUUGCUACUUCCUGUGAAGAAUCUCGAGUACAUAAUACAAUUUGCAACUUUUCCCAACAGCAUUCGCUUGCAAAUGUCGCCUGCCGAUUGGUACUUGUUUAGAAGCGCAUUGCCAGAGAUCAAGGAAUUUUUGCUUGGUCUCCCAACGAAGCUUCCUGCGCUGCGUUAUAAGUGCAUUAAUCGGCACAUACCCCCGACGCCGCAGGAGAUAGCAAAUGACCUCGGUCUGUCAUCAAUCAUACUCCAGCGGGUAAUAUUUUUGGAUGUUGUCAAUUACAUCUUCCUUGAGCCGCCCCUCGAAACGCUUUAUUAUCUUGGCGAUCUCUUCCGGAGCCAGCAGCGAGAAGUUCUGCCUCUUUUGGUGCUAGCCUCACGCCGUGGCGGACCUGCACCGCACUUCUGCGAGUACAUGCAAAACCAAGAGAAGGUUCUUAAGGAGGCGUUUGAAAGGGAGUAUGCAAAACAUAGGCAGGCAGUUCCAUUUCCACAGGCAGUACGGAUGAAUGGUUGGCAGUCUAUCACCAGGCCAGAAGAGCUGCUGACGGCCACCGACCGUCAUUACUGGCUAAUGAUUGGAGGACCAGGAUUACCAGCCGCGAGAGAGGAACUUAAACGACAUAUGCAAAGGCUGAGAGAAUUUCCACACGCUUUCGCCACAGAUUCUCGAGUUGCAUUUCUCCGGGGAGUCUCGGCUCCCACGUACCAGGGGGACGCCUCUGCAGGUCUGCACGCGCCGCAGCCAGGAGGACACUGGGGCAUGUCCGCGCCGGGUCGCCACAAUGUUCCUUCAGAUUCUAGUGGAGCCGGGUUUCACUCUCAACAGGUCCCUCCCCAGCCAAAUGAGGCUCGUGCCCCGAUCGCACCGAGAAGUGUAUUAGAUCAGCUCAUCGGUCCAUCUUUGAAUCCACUCAGCCUCGAAACCAACGAGACCGUCAACAGAAGAUACCCUAGAGGGUCCAUGUUGCAGGAGAUUUCCCCACCGAAUCCGGUACUCCGCUGCGUCAACUAUACCACUGGCGAUAACGGGACACAGCCACGUUAUUAUCAGUAUGUAAAAGCGUGGGCCUUGCUGCCAAAGACACUGGAAAUGACGGGUAAAUAUCGAUGUGUCUUUGGGAUUGACCCUGCCACGCACGGAAGAAUCGCAAAGAUUGCUCAUACAACUGGGGAUCCACCCUUUAUGAGGCUCGUCGGACCAGGCUCUAUAACGUACCGUCUUCGGUGCUGCGAUAUGGAAAAUAUUGUAGGCGGUCCCGUCAUUGAAAAUCAAAGCCAGUAUGCCAAAUUUUAUCGCUCAUACCUUGAGGCAAAAACACGCUUUCCUCCACUCCAUUUUAUGUUCAUGGGGGUCCACCCGGUCUUCGUAUUUCAAGCUCGACAAGCGACUGCUUGCGGACAGCACUUUCCCAUUGACCUGACAGAUCUUGUACGGCCCGGAAUGGUGAAUACGCUGGUCGUUCAUACGAUCCGGGCUAAUGAUCAACGGCGAGAUACUAAAUUCCUUUUGACAAUUGAGAUUCUUGAAGUCAGCGAGCACGACUCCAUUGUGAAGGAGCUGGUCAAGAACUAUGUCAAGCCUGCAGAAGCAACGAUCGCUGAGAUUAAACAAUGUCUGAGCCAGCGUAUCCAACCGGAUCCCGACCACAGAAGCAACAAUGCUGCCGCGACGCAUGACAAUCACCUCCACAACAACAACAAUAGCGGUGAGAUUCCACUUUCAGACGAUAACAUCGUCAUUGACCUAAGGGACCCUUUUAGCGGACGAAUGUUCAACAUCCCUGCACGCAGCAGACACUGUUAUCAUCGCGAAUGCUUUGACCUCGAAACGUACCUUUCAGCCCGUCCCAGGCGAGCUCCAGACAGCCCCUCUGAUCCAGACGAAUGGCAAUGUCCCAUUUGCAAAAAUACCGCCACUCCAAUUCAGCUCAUUGUCGACGGCUUCCUAGUCAAUGUCCGCAAACAGUUGGAAGAAGAAGACUUGCUUGAUACAACCACUAUUACUGUAGAGAAGGAUGGCUCAUGGCGCCCAAACGAUAUAAGUGGGAAACCAAAGCCUCCUAUCAAGCGCUCAUCCAGUGCCAUGGCGCAAGGCUCUGAUGACGACAAUGACGGUGAGAGAAACCGAAAGAGACCGACAAGAGAGGAAAUUGUUGCAGGCAACGCAAGUGACCAUGCAAUCCCCACUAUUGAGGCAAACGUCGUCAUCAAGACUGAGGACAUUGAUGACGAUUACGACUAAUCUUAUGAAGUUAUGACAUUUACGGUUACGGUUACGAUUGACAUGCAGCGAUGCAAAAAGUCAUUAAGGAGAGCAGUGGAGUUGGGAAGCGCAGUUCUUCUUUCUUUCUU